CAUGGGCAACACCGGCCCUGGCUGGCAGCGAGGUCCUGGGCACAAGCCAAAUCAGUGGGUGCCCCCCAACCCGGAGCCCUUCUGCCCACCCAUGGGCCCGGAGCAGCCCAUGUACACUCUUGGUGAGGACCAGGGCACCAUUGUCUACCACUCCAGCCCAGUGCUCCAAGGCUCCAGCUUUACCCGUGCUCGGGUUGGGGGGGCCCCGGGGCCACUCUCAUCACCAGCAGCUCCCUUGGAGGGUCCACAGGACACCACACUGCUCUUUGAGUCCCGCUUUGAGAGCGGGAACCUCCAGAAAGCCAUCAAGGUGGGACCCUACGAGUACGUGCUGAUGCUGCGGCCGGACCUGUACACAGCCAAACACACACAGUGGUUCUACUUCCGUGUCCAAAACACGCGGCAGGACCCGCUCUACCGCUUCACCAUCGCCAACAUGGCCAAGCCCAAGAGCCUCUACGGCCAGGGCCUGCAGCCACUGCUCUACUCCCAGCAGGAUGCCCAGAGCCGUGGCAUAGGCUGGCGCCGGGUCGGGACCGACAUCCACUACUGCCGUGGCAGUGCGGGGGAGCCGCCCCUGUUCCGGCUCAGCUGGACAGUGCGCUUCCCACACGAUGGAGACACGUGCUUCUUUGCCGCCUGCUACCCCUACACCUACUCGGACCUGCAGCGCUACCUGUGUGCGCUGGCAGCCGACCCGGCGCGCUCGCGGUACUGCACGGUGCAGAAGCUGUGCCGCAGCCUGGCCGGCAACAGCGUGUACCUGCUGACCAUCACCAGCCCAGGCGGCACGGCCGGCAAGCGGGCAGUGGUGGUGAGCGCCCGCGUGCACCCUGGAGAGAGCGGCGCCUCCUGGGCCAUGAGAGGAUUCCUCGAUUUCCUCCUUAGCGCCCAUGCGGAUGCGCAGCUCCUGCGCCGCCUCUUCGUCUUCAAGGUGGUGCCGAUGCUCAACCCCGAUGGGGUGGUGGUGGGCAACUCCCGCUGCUCCCUGGCAGGACGGGAUCCCAAUAGGGCUUACGGGAUGGCGCUUCCUGGCUCUUUCCCCGGCGUGUGGCACCUGCGGGCCAUGGUGAAGAGGGUGCUGGCAGAGCAGGAGGUGGUGCUAUACUGCGACUUCCAUGGACACAGCCGGAAGAACAACGUCUUCAUGUACGGCUGCGAUGCCAGUGGGGACGGCACCGGGACACGGCUGCACCAGCGCGUGUUCCCCCUCAUGCUGAGCAAAAACGCCCCUGACAAGUUCUCUUUCUCCAGCUGCAAGUUCCAGGUGCAGAAAAGCAAAGAGCGGACAGGCCGGGUCUCCAUGUGGCGCCUGGGUGUCUCCCACAGCUACACCCUAGAGGUGGCUUUCAGUGGCUCCACACUGGGUGGAAGGAGGUCCCACUUUAGCAUGGAGGACCUGGAGUCACUGGGUCGCCUCCUCUGUGACACCCUGCUCGACUUCUGCGACCCUGCACCCCGCAAGCUCCAGCAGUGCCUGGUGGAGGCAGAUGUGCUGCUGCAGCAGCAGAUGGGUCUUGAGCCAGGCUCUGGAGGCAGCUGGAGCAAUGUGUCCCCCUCAGAGCUUGAGUCCAGCACCAGUGGUUCCGAUAGCUCCAUGUCCGAUGGGAUCCCAAAUGACUUCCACAGCCCUGACCGGCUGAUGGAGUCACACAGGAGGAAGCGGCUGCAGAGACGGCGAGCAAGGAAUGGCCUGCGCCGAACCAACCGGAGCCACACCAGCAUCCCAGCUGGGACUUGCAGGCAUCCAAUUCUUCCUGGUGUCCAGAACGGAGGUGGCAGUGCGGGAGAGAAGCCCAGAGCCAGCUCCAAUAUCACUUUUCCCAGGGCAGCUGGAGCAGGGAAUGGCCGCUGUGCCACCAUGGGAAGGCAUCAGCUGGACAGUGGCACAAGUGCUGUGACACACCGCAAGCCACAACUGAGCCCCUGCCACCAUGGUGCCACCAGUGGCUACUCCUGGGAUCCAGCCAUGGGAGCAAUCCUGGGGCCAUCCUGGCAGCGGGGCAGGCGCAGGCCCAGGGACAGGACACAUCCCCUCACUGUCCCUGCAGUGGUCUCACGCUGCUGUGCCUGUGCUCGGCAGUAAAGAUGCUGCCAUCUCCAUGUCUGUGUCUGGUUCUGCCUG